AAUUUCAUACUAAUAGAAUUGCUGAAUAUUUAAAUAAUCAUGGAGGUAAUUUAAUCAAGGUGGUUAAUAUGAUUUAAAAGAAACAUGGAUUGAACCAACACGUGUAGUUAACCCUGAUCCUAAUAGUGAAUUAAUGAAAAAUGAAAUAUUUGGACACUUAUAAGUAGAUAGAGGUAGCUAUUAAUUUCAUUAAUUCUAUACUCAUUUAAUUAAUCAAGAAUUGCCAUUUGGAGGAGUAGGUGAAUGGUUAUGGAGUCUGUGGCAGCAGGUUUGAUUGAUGUCAGAAAUUAAAACCUAUGAUUGAAAAAUCAAAAAUUGAUCCGCCAGCAAAGUAUAAUAUCUACUUGAUUAUUAAGAUAUCCCCCAUUUAAAUCCAGCUAAAAACCUAAAUGAACUUCUUAACUAAGUUAGUAAUAUAUACCUAAUAAGAAAUUUGUAUAAAUUCCUAUUAGUUAUUUUAAUUUUUG